CGUGCGUGUGUGUGCGUGUGUGCGUGUGUGUGUGUGCAGGAAGUGGACAAGCGGCUGCACAACGGGCCGGACUUCAGGUACAAGGUUUUCUGGAGGGAGGGCCGGAUGGGCCACUGGAACCACGACGAGGUCGACGGCCCGCCCUUGGUCAAAGACACGGGGACCUACACGCCCUUCGAGAUCAAGGUCCAGGCCGUCAACUCCUGGGGGGCGCCGGAGCCCGCCUCCGAAAUCGGACACUCUGGAGAGGACGUUCCCGAGGAGGCCCCAGGGGACGUCAGCGUGCUGGUGGUGAACAACACGGCCCGGGUGAGCUGGAGCGCACCGGAGAGAGUCCACGGGAAGCUGCUCCGAUACCAGAUCUCCCUCCGGAGGCUGGGGCCCGUGGUGGCCCGGGGCCGGCGGGAGCUGGCCCGGGGCCGGCGGGAGCUGGCCCAGGACCAGCCCGACGGUGGUGAGGCGGCGCGGGGGGACGGAGAAGGGGAGGUCACGGUGGUGAUGGUGGACGGAAACAAGACCUCGGAAGAGGUGACGGGGCUGCGCUUCUAUUCGCAGUACGAGCUGUCUGUCAGCGCCUUCAACAGCAAGGGGGAGAGUCCCGCCUCCACCCCGCACAGCUUUAGCACCCAAGAAGGAGCUCCUGGCAUGCCUGCAUCCAUGACCUUUGAGAGCCCCACUGAGACGGAGCUGAUUGUCCACUGGACGUCUCCGGAGCGACCCAACGGUCGGCUCGAGGGCUACGUCCUGCACUACCGAGACGAGGUGGAGAACGGCCCAGAGAAGAUGGUCCUCAUCCCCGACGACGUGAACCAGCACUACCUCGGGUCCCUGAAGCCACAGAGCCACUAUGUCUUCCGGCUGAUGGCACGCACCGCUGCGGGCAUGGGCCCUCCUCUGACAGGGAAAGGGCACACCCUGCUGGACGGAGUUCCUCCCUCCAACGUCUCCCUGGACGCCGGGGAGCAGACCGUCAACCUGAGCUGGGUGCCCAGCGACGACCACAGGAACCACGGCUUCACCUUCUCCUACAGUGGGAAGGACGAAGGGGCCGACUGGGAGGAGUCAGAGCUGCUGAACUCCACGCAGGGUUUCUAUUCGCUGACCGGCCUUCAACCAGGGACUCGGUAUCGCUUCCUCAUCGAGAGUGGCGGCGUUACGCUCUGGAAGGAUGUGAUAGAAACCAAAGGCCCAGGGCUGUCGGAGGUGUCCGGAGGGUUCGCCACGCAGGGCUGGUUCAUCGGCCUGAUCAGCGCCGUGGUGCUGCUGCUGCUGCUGCUGCUCAUCCUCUGCUUCGUCAAGAGGAGCAAGGGAGGCAAAUACGCAGUGAAGGACAAGGAGGACGGCCAGGGGGACUCUGAGGCGCGUCCGAUGAAGGACGAGACGUUUGGGGAGUACAGAUCGCUUGAGAGUGACGCCGAGGAGAAGCGCUCGGCCAGCCAGCCGUCCCUGUGCGUGGCCAGCAAGCUGGGCAGCGACGACUCCCUGGCCGAGUACGGGGACAGCGUGGACAUCCAGUUCAACGAGGACGGCUCCUUCAUUGGCCAGUACAGCGGGCGGCUCCCCCCUCCCCACGGCAACGAGAGCUCCGGGCCCGCCUCCCCCCUCGACCCCGCCCCUCCUCCUCCCAUCGCUCCCGCCAUGUCCACCGUCCUGAACCGACCCAGCUAGACGCAGACACACACACACACACACACACACACACACACACACACACACACACACACACACACACACACACACACACACACACACACACACACACACACACACACACACACACACACACACACACACCUUACUGCCUGCAACAAGACACUAUGAGGGGCAUCACUCAUAAAGGUCUGACUCCACUGCCCGUGACAACAAUAACCAAUAAGAACAUACACAGCAGACACACAAACACACAUGCACGCGCACACAGUCCAAGGCUGUAAUGUUCAGUGGCAAUACAUUCCACAGGUGUGUGUAGGAAAUUUGUUUACUUUUUCUAUGCCAAGUUUUUACAGUCGCACACAGAUACACAACAUUCAUGCAUACAUACAAACAUGCAUACAUACAUACACACAUACAUUCAUACAUGAACCCACACGCACACGCACGUGCACACACACACAAAGCCAACUGCUCUUUUCUGUAGUGGAAUGAAGGGAGAAAUUAUCUUGGGCAUUGCAUCAAUUUAAAGCUUUCAAAAUACUAUUUUAAUUUGCAUCACAUACAUUCACUAUUUUUGAGUUUAUUGUUGAAUUUUAUAUAUAUACAGUAUAUAUAUAUGUAUAAAAUAAGUUUGGACUUCUUUCUGUUCUGCUUUGAUAGUGUAAUUCUGCAUGUGCCAGGGAACGCUCUUCUCCCUGUCCCACGUGUCGGCCCACCAGGCCCCAGCUGCAUGGGGCCCCUUCACAUUACGCUGGGUAGAGGGCUCAGACGGGGCCCCCUGUGUGUGUGCGGCCGCGUCCCCCUGUCCGCAUGUCGUCCAUGUGUGAAUGCGUGUGUGUGUGUACGUGUGGGCACAUGUGCGUGCACGUCUGCGAUAUAGUUCACGCCCUCCAUCUCUGGCCCCUCCCCCAUGACUUGCAGAGAUGAGAGGGCUCUUGCCUUAAGAGAGUCCAGCCCCCCCCGCGCCCCCCCCCCCCCCCCCCCGCCCUCCUCCCCCUCCUCCUCUCUGUCUUCCAGAGUGUUGCCUGCCCUCAUCCUACUCUUUGACUGCAGGAGCAUAAGUGUGUUUGCAAACAGAGUGGAACUCUGCAAAAAUCCUUACUUCCUUUUUGAACACACACACACACACACACACACACACACACACACACACACACACACACACACACACACACACACACACACAACCACACACAACCACACACACACACACACACACACACACACACACACACACACACACACACACACGCACACAUGCACACACACACACACAAGCGCACGCGCACACACACACAAGCGCGCGCAGACACACACUGAAAGGCUAGGCAGACGGGCACUUGGAUCAGGUUUACAUGCAAAUAUAGAUGGCCCUGAAUAAUCAGGGAGGGGCUUUCGUAGCAAACUGCUUUGUCCCCCCACCUCUCUAGGACAUAGCGAGAGAGCGAUGGAGGACGGCGGAGAGGAGGAAGAGGAGCUCUGGAGGUCUCGUGUCUCUUCCUCUGAAUGUAAAUAGAACCUUGAGAUUGUCUUUUUCAUUCCGAUUGCCUUUUGUUUUUUUAAAGGAAUGUGUUUGUGUUCUUUGUUUGCCUCUUGAUUCUGUACCGACGCCCUCCUAUACUGUCUGCUGUAGCCAUAUAUAACCCUAGCCAAACCUCUCGUCACGUGACCCCUCAUGCUGGCUAGCCACUCAGAAACAUGUAGGGAGCACUGGUCUGCUCCAGAGAUUAGAUCUCCUACCCCCUCAGCUCCUCCAUAGUGCUAGAGAGAAACCCAGCAUAUAGUGAUCCAUGAUUUACUAGUCAGGUCAUACAUGUUAGCAGAGUCCUAGUGAAGGUGGACCAGGUGGGUCCUGGUGUAACUGGACCAGGUGGGUCCUGGUGUAACUGGACCAGGUGGGUCCUGGUGUUACUGGACCAGGUGGGUCCUGGUGUAACUGGACCAGGUGGGUCCUGGUGUAACUGGACCAGGUGGGUCCUGGUGUUACUGGACAGGAGUGUGUUGGAUGCGUCCCUGCUGUCUGCUUCACAAAGCGAGGCGGGACUCUAGAAGUCUACUAAGAGACACUAAGGAGGCAGUCCUGGCCAGGAGAGUCCUCACAUCUACACUUAGAAUGACUCUUAGUGGUCUGCUCAAACCUUGCUCAGAACCACACCUCUAGAGAGAGGUCAGAGGUCAGAAGUUUCUACUAACUAGGGUAGGGCAGAAAACAGCUGGAAAACUGACACCUGAUUGGUUACAUGUGUUCAUAAUCAGACCACCUCAUUGGCGCGGUAGUCAAUGAUAUGGAUGUCAAUGAGAGGCCUACCGCUGGUAUGCUGUAUAAUUCAGCCCAUUCCUCCUCAUUAAAGACGUCAGCCUAAACACUUGUUUACACGACUCCGAGGGAUAAUGGAGGACCAGAACCCAGACCAGGUCCGGUCCAUUGUGCUGUUCAGGGAUAGGGAGUUUAACCCCCCCCCUCCCCCCCCCCCCCCCCCCCCCCUUCACACACUCACACGUCUCUGAGGACGGCUGCCCGCCAGUCUUUACGCCUGUAUGUCUGUCUGUCUGUCUGUCUCUCUGUCUGUCACUGUCGCAGCCUUCUUUUUUAAUGCCGGGAAAUGGGAGGGAGUGGGUGGGGUUCAUAAAAACGAUCAAAAAGGGAUAAUAUUGAAGUGCAGGUGCUUCCCCUAGUGGUGAGGAGGCCAUGGACGUGGAUGGGGGGGGGGCUUGGGUCCCACACACACCCGGAUGAUUCUGUGCUCAUGGUUGAGUGGGGAUGUGCUUGGGGAGAGGGGGAGGGGGGGGGGGCAGGGUGUAUUAUGGGAUGUGCUGAUGUUGUACUGCUUGUUGCAUCGUGCGCUGUACUGUAUCUGAAAAAACUAACCCCUCCACCACCAGUCAAACUAAUAAAUAAACAUAGACUACGCAUAUCCUG